AGGCGAGUCCUUCAUUAGCGACGAAAAUGAAAUAAGAACGUCUGUGUUUGCAUUUUCCUCGGCCAUCUUCUCUCGUCUCCCAGCUGACCGACGACAAGAAGAAAGAAGAAGAAGAAGAGGAGGCUGGAAGGGCGAAGAUGAGCGGUCACGAUUCAAAGUACUUCUCCACAACAAAGAAGGGCGAAAUCCCAGAACUCAAAGACGAGCUCAAUUCCCAAUACAAGGAUAAGAAAAAAGAUGCUGUGAAGAAGGUAAUUGCUGCAAUGACUGUUGGGAAGGACGUUUCGUCGCUGUUUACAGAUGUUGUGAACUGCAUGCAAACAGAGAAUCUGGAGCUGAAGAAGCUUGUAUAUUUAUACCUUAUAAACUAUGCUAAAAGCCAACCUGAUCUAGCCAUACUUGCUGUGAAUACGUUUGUGAAGGAUUCACAGGAUCCGAAUCCCUUGAUUCGUGCUUUAGCUGUGAGGACCAUGGGAUGCAUCCGUGUCGAUAAAAUUACAGAAUAUUUGUGCGAUCCUCUUCAGAGAUGUCUCAAGGAUGAUGAUCCUUAUGUUCGAAAGACAGCAUCUAUUUGUGUUGCUAAACUGUAUGAUAUAAAUGCUGAGCUAGUGGAAGAUAGAGGAUUCUUGGAUACUCUCAAGGAUUUGAUUUCUGAUAAUAAUCCGAUGGUAGUAGCAAAUGCUGUAGCAGCACUCGCUGAGAUCCAAGAAAAUAGUAGUCGGCCAAUCUUCGAGAUCACCAGUAACACGCUUUCAAAGCUCCUGACAGCUCUAAAUGAGUGCACUGAAUGGGGUCAAGUUUUCAUUUUGGAUGCUCUUUCCAAGUACAAGGCAGCUGAUGCCCGUGAAGCUGAAAAUAUAGUAGAGCGAGUUACUCCACGCUUGCAACAUGCAAAUUGUGCAGUUGUACUUUCAGCCGUCAAGAUGAUCCUUCAACAAAUGGAACUUAUCACCAGUACAGAUGUGAUCCGAAAUCUUUGCAAGAAAAUGGCUCCUCCUCUGGUGACUCUACUUUCUGCAGAACCUGAGAUACAAUAUGUUGCGUUGCGAAACAUCAACCUUAUUGUACAAAAGCGACCCACAAUACUUGCUCAUGAAAUCAAGGUCUUUUUCUGCAAGUACAAUGAUCCAAUUUAUGUGAAGAUGGAAAAGUUGGAGAUUAUGAUAAAGCUGGCAUCUGAUCGGAACAUAGACCAGGUUUUAUUGGAGUUCAAAGAGUACGCCACAGAAGUAGACGUAGAUUUUGUCAGAAAGGCUGUCCGUGCUAUUGGCCGUUGUGCCAUCAAGUUAGAGAGAGCAGCUGAGCGGUGCAUAAGUGUGUUGCUUGAGCUGAUAAAGAUAAAAGUAAACUAUGUAGUUCAGGAGGCUAUUAUCGUCAUCAAGGACAUCUUCAGACGAUAUCCUAACACCUAUGAGUCCAUCAUUGCAACCCUCUGUGAGAGCUUGGACACUUUAGAUGAGCCAGAGGCUAAGGCAUCAAUGAUCUGGAUAAUUGGUGAAUAUGCAGAAAGGAUUGAUAAUGCUGAUGAACUCCUUGAAAGCUUCUUAGAGACAUUUCCCGAAGAGCCUGCACUAGUCCAGUUGCAAUUGCUGACUGCAACUGUCAAAUUGUUUCUUAAAAAGCCGACUGAAGGUCCACAGCAGAUGAUUCAGGUUGUUCUAAACAAUGCUACUGUAGAGACGGACAAUCCAGAUCUGAGAGACCGUGCAUAUAUUUACUGGCGUCUUCUCUCAACUGACCCUGAGGCAGCAAAAGAUGUUGUACUGGCCGAGAAACCAGUGAUUAGUGAUGAUUCAAACCUACUUGAUGCUUCACUUCUUGAUGAGCUUCUUGCAAACAUUGCUACACUAGCUUCUGUGUACCAUAAACCUCCAGAUGCAUUUGUAACCCGUGUCAAGACUGCCUUCCAGAGACCAGAUGAGGAAGAAUAUCCCGAUGGGAGUGAAAUCAGUAAUUCAGAAUCACCUUCUCAUGCGGUUGACAGUGCAUCAGCUCCCUCAAGUUCAAGUAAUGUUCCGCAAGCUGCAACAAGGCCGGCAGCACCAGUGCCCCCUGCACCUUCUGCUCCAGUACCAGAUUUACUGGGUGAUCUUAUAGGCCUGGAUGGUGCUCUUGUACCUGUUGACGAGCCAACAACAGCUUCUGGGCCUCCUUUACCUAUUGUACUACCAGCAUCAACCGGUCAAGGUCUGCAGAUCAGUGCACAGGUUACACGGCGGGAUGGUCAAAUAUUUUACAGUAUGCUGUUUGAGAAUAACUCACAAAUUCCCCUUGAUGGGUUCAUGAUACAGUUCAACAAGAACACGUUUGGUCUUGCAGCCGCUGGACCUCUUCAGGUCCCACAACUGCAACCCGGAACUUCAGCAACUACCCUUUUGCCAAUGGUUUUGUUCCAGAAUCUCCUUCCUGGACCCCCAAACACACUUUUGCAGGUUGCAGUGAAAAAUAACCAACAGCCAGUGUGGUACUUCAAUGAUAAAAUUUCAUUGCAUGUGUUCUUCAUGGAGGAUGGUAGAAUGGAGCGUGCAAACUUUCUGGAAACAUGGAAGUCCCUUCCGGAUUCAAAUGAGAUCACUAAGGACCUAUCGAGUGUCGUGAUCAACAGUGUGGAUGCUACCAUUGACCGCCUGUCGGCAUCUAAUGUGUUUUUCAUCGCAAAGCGAAGGAACAUGAACCGAGAUGUAUUGUAUCUCUCAGCCAAAGCUCCUCAGAGCAUUCCUUUCCUGAUAGAGAUUACGGCUGUUGUCGGGAUCCCCGGCGUCAAAUGUGCAAUCAAGACACCAAACCCAGAAAUGGCUCCCCUCUUCUUCGAAGCCAUGGAGACUCUUCUCAAGUGAUUGUUGUAAUGUAUGAUUCAGGCGCUCGGAAAUUUUUUCUCCUCGGGUUUUGUUUUCACAUUUCUGGUGAGUUUUGAUGUAUGAACUUUCUAUUGGCAACGGCUGCAUGCAUUCCUUUGAUAUUCAGUUGCACAACGCCACUGUGAUUAUGUUUCUUUAUUAUUACAAGAAGUCAUUGUCUCGAUCA